GCCUGUGUGCAGUGUGACGUUGCGGGCUGUAGUGGAGCCUCUCGCUGCAUCUUGUUGUCGACGGUCCGCCAGGCUUUUCCAGUACCGAGAAGACCCCGCUGGAGAGAGGACGGCCGUCACAGCGCUGCGUUUUCAGGAAGCGGAUCAGAAAAUAGAAAACUUCAGUCAUCAUCAUGCAUGUGUGUCACUACCAGAAGAUUUGUGUAAUUUGAAGAGACUUAAGGACAAUAAAAAGCUUGGAGGAAUACAAGAACUCAGUCAGCUGAAAGAAACAACAAUAACACAGUCCCUAAACAUGGUCAGCACCCAGACCAGUUUGAAAACCCCUUUCAAAGACUUGACCUCAUUCAAGGGCAACAUGAAACGUCUGUACAGAGAGCAACUGGAAGACGCGCCCAUCAAGAAGCGAGUUAUGGCGGAGAUCAACCUGAAGCGUCGCAGCUUGGAUUCCCUCCCCAAAACUCCCAAGGUGAAAAGGGAGUUUAUCGAAGAACUGUGUCAUGACGACAUGGAUGUGGAGGGCCGGGCUGAACUGCACAUGGUGGGCUCUGCUAAAGCCCUGGACCUGAGCCCUGGGCUCAAACACACACUGGCCCAGUUCACCCUCAGCAGCCAGAGCUCCCUCGGGGGCCCAGCUGCCUUCUCAGCCCGCACCGGCCACGAGCAUUCCCCGGCCGGCAUGCCUCCCCUGCCCUCCCCUCCUGUUCUGGGAGGGGGCCCUCUGCUGGUUCCCUGUGACAGCUCCACUGAACUCACCCACUCGCUGCUGGAAGGAGAGUCUAUCUCCUGCUUCGUCGUCGGGGGAGAGAAGCGUCUUUGCCUGCCCCAGGUGCUCAACUCCGUGCUCCGCGACUUCUCGCUGCAGCAGAUCAACACUGUGUGCGAUGAGCUCUACGUCUACUGCUCGCGUUGUGAUGCUGAGCAGCUGCACAUCCUCAAGGUGCUGGGCAUAUUGCCGUUCAACGCACCUUCCUGUGGCCUCAUUACACUGACGGAUGCACAGCGGUUGUGCAAUGCUCUGCUGCGUCCUGGGGCGACAUUGCCCUCUGACCCCAGCGGUAAGCUGUCAACCCAGGGCCUGCUGAAGGAGAGCGAAGCCAGUUUCCAGGUGGAGCACCAGUGUUUGGGGAAGUGCCAGGGUCUUUUUGUGCCCCAAUUCUACACCCAGCCGGAGGCCCACUGUAUCCAGUGCAUUGAGUGCCAGUUGCUCUUUUCACCGCAGAAGUUUGUCAUGCAUUCACACAAGUCACCCGAUAAGAGGACCUGCCACUGGGGCUUUGACUCGGCCAAGUGGCCCUGCUACCUGCUGCUUGCCAGGAAGUACCAAGGCAUGCCAGAGGAGCCAAAGCUCAAGCAGCUCCUGGAUGAGGUCAAAGAGAAGUUCCACUACCAGCUCAAGAGGUCGCUAGAAAAAAUGGCAGUGGAGGAGGAGGAGAGCCAGGUGAGGAAACCCCCGGCAGAUCUCUGCUCCCCCAGCAGCAAGUUGGCCGAGUCCGACCCUGCAAGAAAGGGGAACACAUCUCCACCUGCUCUGGUGUUCAAUCGUCUUUUCUCUGACAUCAAGGAGGAGCCAGAACACCCCUCCCUGGUCCAUCCCAGUUACUACCUGUACACAUGCGAUAAGAUGGUUGCUCCCAACGUGUCUCUGCAAAGGGAGGCGGAGAUGAGCCCAGAGAUGUUCGGAGCGCUGCUCAAACACCACUACAGCCGCAGAGCGCUGGGACAAAACGACGAGCCGCCCAUGGAUCUUCACGCGUCGCCUCCCGUCGCUGCUUGCGCCGAGGAGACCAAAUCCCAUCGUGCCGUUGCUGCCUCGGCCACAGAGCGGGAAUGCCAAACCCAGGCAGUUUCCAUGGCGACAAGCAGCCCAAGCUGCAAGAAAGCCACCCACACCCCCGCCCACUCCCCUCCUCCUGCUCCCACUCCUGUGUCGUUGUUGUCGCCGGUAACGGAAGUAGCGGUUAAGGACACGGGCUCUGCUGCGAGCGGCGCUGCAGUGGUGGGGGGGGUGGAGGACGACAAGGACAGGAUUGUGGUGGAGAUCAUGCAGAUGUACGGCAGGCAGCAGGAGAAGCUCAACUCCACCCUGCACAAGCAGCUGCAGCUGGAAAUGGAGCUGGAGGCGGUGCGUGGGGGCGAGGCGGCCCGGCUACGAGAGCUGAGCGCCGAGCAGAGGGAACUGCGCUGCGAGCUGGAGGCCGUGCACAGCGAGCAGGCGCGGCAGCUCAGCCAGGCCCGCCAGGAGCAGCUGGAGCUGGAGACCCGUCUGGAGCAGCUCCGGCAGCAGGCCUGCGCCUGCGAGCCGGGCGCUCAGCGCCAGCAAGAGGCCUACUACACCGCACAGUUGUCGGAGCUCCGUCAGAGGCUGGAGCGUGCGGAGGCCGACCGGCAGGAGCUGCAGGAGGAGCUGCGCCAUGAGCGGGAGGCGCGGGAAAAGCUAGAGCGCACAAUCAGCCAGCUCAAGCAGCAGAUGGUGCAGUCUGCCACGGUGGGAGGCAGCCCCUCUCCUCCUCUUACCCCUUCAACCGGACCCCCUAACGCCCACUCCCCGCACUCCUCCUUCUCAGAGGCCCCAGCGGCUGGCCAAAAGUAACUGCCACCCCCCCUCAGGCGCCUCCCUCAUUCAUCUCCCCGUUACCCGCCAACUCUACAGACACAAACAGCCUGAAGCUGAACGGCUGUUUUUAAGUUGAGCAUCUCCCCCUUGCCUCCAGUGUAGGACUGACUUUUGAUUUUGUAAUUUAACAUCACCUAAAUGUUGUGUUUUUUUUAUUUUUGCUUUCUUUUGCUCCCCUAUCCUGUCUUUAAAUUGUAUUUAAAGAUGUUUUUGGGGCAUGUAUGUUUGAUUUAAUUUAUAGUUUUUACUGAACAAACAGCUGCUUCACAGACGGGAGUUUGGUAGAGACAAACUCAACCCAUCAUGAUUUCCCCCUCACGACUGUCUCCCUCCUCUUUCUGGAUUCUGGAGCUCAUGCCUUGGAGAUUUCAGACUCCAGCCCGGACACACAGACUCGUCAUGCUACUACCUGGCACAGCAGCUGGUGCCAUCGGACACAAAAUGGCGCCCGGUUGCAUGCCCCUUCUCCAUCUCUCUCUGUACCUACAGCCCAAACACUCGAGUACCAGCGCCUGCAGGAAACUGCAUGGACAUUUUAAUAGUUUUUUUUUUGUUGCUCCUUAUAAAACACAGAAAGAAAAAGUCUAAUAUGUCAAAUACAUCAAAUCUAUAUGGAGGAGAAAGACCUUUACUGUACAAAAAAAAGACCUCAUGAAAAUAUGCCAAUUGUGACGCUGAACUUGGAAUGAGUGUUUUGAGUGGGACCCUUUCAAGGUAGCUAGCUAACUCUUCUGGCCUGGACUCCAGCUGCUCCUCACACCGUUUCCUCUUCCCUCUUCCUCCGCUGUAUGCUAGCGAUUGCCCUCUGCUGGAAAACUCCUUAACACUGUGGUUUUCACCCACUUUAGGCUAGACAGGAAACACUGUGCUCUUUUCUUGGCUUGGCUUGGAAGAAGCUCACGAGCGGUGUUAUGCACUUAACACGCUCUCCUCCUCCAGAAUCCCCUGGGAGAGGAAUGUGUCGGGACUCGGGGGGCCGGUUGUGUAGCUUUUCUAAGAAAGAGGGAAGUCUCACAUGUGCAGUAGCUAGCUGCACUGUGUUACCAUAAUAAUGCAUGCAACAUCCCCGAGUGUGUCAGCGCAGAACAACGGGCAGAGGAUCAAAGCUCCGGGCUGUCCCUGUUUUCGGGGGUCCUCUUUUUGUAUCGUUUGACUUCAUCGUUAACAGACGUUUUUUAUGCAGCGCCCGGUUUGUCAGAGCUUCAUCUAGGAAUGUGGGUGGCAGGUGAAAGCAGUUAGUCUGCGGUGGUUUGCGUCUGGCCCCUGCUUCACGUUAUUCUGCCUGGCUGAACAAACAGCACCGGCAGGAAGAGGAGGGGAGGGGAGGCGAGGAUUGAGGGGAGCUAGGGGGGGGGGACUGGUGCUCUCCCCCUGCAGCAGGCUGGGUGGCCGAGACGCCAGGGGGACACGGGGAGCCCGUUUUUUGUUUUGUACCUUUUUAGAAUGGGGGCAGCUGUUGUUGUCUGUGGGCCUCUGAUCGCCCUUCACUGUACAGCAUCCCCCCCUCUCCAAUCCAUCUCUCAAAAACCUCCCUCCCUCGUCCUCUCCCACAAAGACGACCGUCACUCACUCACACAGACCCGUCCGUCCAUCCCCAGCGCCAGAUCAGCCGGGGGUGUGCCCUGUUUUGUAGGAAAGCGAGCAGACGUCCAGCCAGAGGAGGAAAGGACUUUUAUUGUGUCAGUUGCCGGGCAAAAGCGCUUUUUAUUGCCACUAAGGAAAUCCCUGUACGCGAGUGUGUGUGUGUGUAUGUGUGUGUGUGUGUGUAAAUAAUUGUUUAAAAAGAGAAGGGGAUCGGCCUCAGUUAAACUCUGAGCUUUUUUAUGCAUCUGCUAUAAAUGCAAAUUGAUAGACAUUCCACUGUGCUCCAUCCUGUUCGAUGCAGAUUUUCUUACACAGCUUCCCUUUACGAUAGCAGAGCCUAAAGACCGGGCCGAGUACAGUUGUGGUUUGUUGAUUGUCAGAAAAAGCAGGUGCAGGUGCAAGCCAGUAAAAUCAAACCCACGCCGCAAAUGUACACUCUACUGUUCCAUUUAAACCUUUAUUGAAAUUAUGAAAGAAAAUAUUUAACGUAUUAACUAAAGAUUUAUAUUCACUUUGUAAAUACAGUAGUCAUUAAUAUAUUAACUGUUCUUAUAUGAAAAAUCUUCAAAAGGUUAUAUACAUUGGACCAGAAGUAAGGCUUCAGAUGUUUUAGCUUUCUUUCUUUUUUUUUAAAAAGUGAUCAGAACUUGGCUUUUGUCGAGUUGAUGUGGGGGGAGUGAAACAUGGUUUCCUGAGACGUGAUGCAGGAAGAAUGCAAAAUAGGAAAAUAAUACUUUGUUACACACUUUCCCCCCUUUUUCUGAAAUUAUGCAUUUGUUGUCCUUUGUGGAUUUCAUCUUGACCGACUGUAAUGUGUAAUGUGACAAGCUUUUCCCUCCUUGUUAAACCCCCCUCCCCAUGAGAUGAAUUGAAAAUGAAAGAUUUGCUUAAGAAAAUGCAUUUUGAAAAAACAAAAUUUUUUUCUUUUGCAUGUUUGGCUGCCCCUUAUGUUUUGUGUGUCACUGGGCCAAUCUUACCAAUCUGUUGAUCGUGAAAAAAGAAAGAAAGGAGAUGUCCCCCCCCCCCCCCCCCCCCCCCCCCCCCCCUCACGCACAAACUAUUGAGAUGGCUCAUAUGCAUGAACAUUGAACAUGUGCAAGUUUUAUAUCAUUAUUGGUUUAGAGGUUGGCUAAGUAUAACGUCAGAUUAUGAAGAACAUAUAAUGUAGCCUAAUUUGAUUUGGAAAUGAUGUGAGAGUGUGUUGAGUGUGUGAGAGAGAGUGUGUGUUGGCCUCCCACGUCUGACUGAAGCACAGCAGCUUUGAAAAGGGAAAGAAAAACUUGCUCAUGUAGCUCUGGAUGUGUAGUUAUUGUUUCUGAUUCUGAUCAUUUAUCCUUGUGUGGAUCACUCAAAAAGAUAAUCAGUAUUAGUUUUUAAUGACUUAAUUACCUCUUCGGCAGAACAAAACAAAAACAAAUCCUUUCGAUUCAUCACAUUAGCAGAUAACUAAUGUUUACUCUAAUCGUGUAAUUAGAAUUUUGUACACAAGGUGGCGUUAAGCUUCUUUAAUCAUACAUCAUAUUGAAAAAAUGACUAAAUGAAAGGGGAGAAAAAUCCCCUGUAACAGGUUUGCUGAGCCUUUUUGCAUUUUGCAGUGUUAUGAGAACUUGGAUAUGCUUUGUACAGAAUUUUUACAGCUGUGUGAAGUUUGCCCCACAGACGAGAAAAACAAGGCGAAAUGAGCAGAGCUUUACCAUGUGGACACAUUUGAAUACUGGAUUUACAUACCCAUAAUGCCUCCUGGCUACGUGGAGAAAACUUGUAAAAAAAAAUCCUAGGUGACCUUUGAACUAUUCUGCUUUGUAGUUGGGUGUGUAAUUUUCAGCAGGUAAUUAUUCUAUGCCAGUGUGGGACAAGAGGGAUGUCUGCAUUGAUCACACAGAUUCCUGCUUACUAAGAAUAGGGACGCCAUGUUUUAAAUUUAUACACAUCCUGCUAUAGAUGAAAAAAAAGAUUCAUGGCUUUGCUAAAAAGAACCCUCUUUCCCCUUGAUGCUGUUCUGAAACACAGCGUCUGUGUUUGACCAUUGCAUACUACGUUGCCAAUACUACAGUGUGAUGAGACUUUUGUUCUUGCAUGAAUCGAGACACUGUUCUCCUACCUCAUGUUGUGAUAUAAAAAUAUGUUUUUUAAGCAGAAGACACUGCAUCGCUAACUGUUUAUCAUCAUUGAUAUUUACUAGUAAAUUACAUACCUGUCAAUGCUUUUAGCUAAUACCUCAGUUGUAUCUAGUGUUUGUUUUUUUUCUGUUUUUGCCCUUCCCUGAUUUCAGAUCUUGUAAAUAUUCCCUGUAUAGACAAUGAACUUGGAUCAAAUUCAAGUAAAGUUCUGUAGUGUCAAA